UGAGCUUAAGUGAUGUCGAAGGAUAGCCCCAGGCUGAGCCGGCUAGGCGUGCUGGCCCCCGCCGCGUUGUCGGCCUGCAUGGAUGCUUCGGUACUGGCCGUGCCCGCAGCCGGCGCCAUAGUCUCUACAGUCCUUAAGGAACUUAGCAAGGCUUUCAUGCUCAAAAAAUGGUAUCACGGAAUAAUGUCUGCAAAAGAAGCUGAACACUUAAUGAUGGAGAGAGGAAGGAAUGGUUCGUUUUUAGUUCGCGAGUCGCUAACACACCCGGGCGAAUACGUGCUGACGGUGCGUGUUCAUGGUCGCGUCAGCCAUGUUAUGAUCAGAAAACAGGAUAACAAAUACGACGUGGGCAGUGGCGAGCAGUUCGAAGACUUGGUAGGGCUGAUUGAACAUUUUCGAUCAUAUCCCAUUAUAGAGACCUCUGGUGACGCUCUACGGCUUCUGCAACCAGUCAGCGGUACACGACUGCGAGCCAACGGCAUUGAAGACAAAGUCCGGGCGAUGAGUGCUUUUGAAAUGACCGCAAGUAUUGGAUCGGACGUUGAAUUCCAUUCUCUUAAACUAGUAGACGAUAUGCACGUUUUUACUACAAAUGAAGGAAAGAAGCUAGAAAAUUUAGACAAAAACAGAUAUCGAAACAUAUUUCCAUAUGACCAGACCCGUGUGAUAUUACGCAAGUCUAAUGAGCAUCAAUCAGAUUACAUUAAUGCAAACUAUAUUCGGUCGCCUCAGAUGGGUGACUCGAGCAGUUCUGUGCAGUCAUCCAAUGAAAGCCUCAACAGUGUUAAUUCUUUAAUCCUCCGAAGUGAUACCAAAAAAACAAUGCCAUUGGUAACAAAAUCUUUAUCAGACGAUGCGUUAAGAGAGGUGAAAAGGUGCAUCAAAAUGGAUAAAAUUAAUGGCAAUUUACGUAAAAAUUUAUUGAGGGAUAAACUAUACAUAGCGACACAAGGCUGCCUCCCCAACACUAUCAAUGACUUCUGGCGCAUGGUGUGGCAAGAAGACGUUAGAGUCAUUGCUAUGAUCACCAAUGAGGUCGAGAAAGGGAAGAGAAAAUGUGAAUGCUACUGGCCUUUGUCCGGUCAAGAGGUGUGUUACGAUGAGUUGACGGUGAGGUCGAUAUCGGAAACGUGCUACGAAGACUACCUCCUCAGGGAGUUCGAUGUCUGUAAUAAGAACACUUGCAGGACCAUCUACCAGUAUCAGUAUACGGGUUGGCCUGACCACGGUACACCUCAAGAUCCCGACGGAGUUCUGACUUUUAUUGAAGAUGUCAACAGAAGAAUGUAUCGGAUUUCACGGGAAAAAGAUGCACCCGAACAUAACGUGCUAUGUGUUCAUUGUUCCGCGGGCGUCGGCAGAACUGGCACCUUCAUUGUUCUAGAUAUGCUAAUCGACAAAAUAAAACGUUCAGGCUUUAAUUGUGAGCUAGAUAUAAACAGCACGGUGAAAUUGGUGCGAGCGCAGCGCCACGGCAUGAUUCAGAACAAGAUGCAGUACAGAUUUUUACACUUGGCCGUACAAAAUUAUAUCGAUAAUAAUAAUAUUAAGUUAAGAAAAAAGGUAGUCACGUCUAAAGCUUGAUUGGAAAAGAGAGAAAGAACCAAAGUUUUAAUUACAAACUAGAUGUUCAAUAUAAAUUUAUGUGUUUAAGGUUUAUUUAAAUGUGAUCACAAAUUCGAUUUAAGUUUUAGUAAUUAAUGUUGUUCAUAUUUGAGUCAAACAGCAACAUGGCUAGAAUUUGAUGUGAGCAGAAAGAGAAAGUAAUUUAGUCUCAAGAUUACUAAAAUUUUUAUGUUUAAUAAAAGUAUAGAAAUAUAUCCCAGUUUAAGCCACAUAAGUGUCAAUCUAAGUGCAAAUCUAGAGUUAGUUUCAAACGAAUUUUAAGGGGCAAUUAUUUUUUUUUGUCCUUCACAUUUCUGCAUUACAAAGUUACGGUUCUGGUUAUGGAGGCUAAAACCAAAUAAAUAUAUAAACCAAUA